AUGUCUAAUCAAUAUGAUAGUUUGAAGAAAGUUGCAUAUGCCUUUGCUGGGUUUGCUAUGAUGCUUAACAUUAGGCUUUCAUACAGUGCUGCACCAUAUGCCUUGUUGAGGUUCAAAUUACCAGAGAAUCUAUUCAGUGUGUUUGUCAGGAUUAUUGCUGGUGCUCUCGAAAUAUGGUGUUUACCUACUAUCGUUAUAUCUAAUAUACUGGAACAGCUGUAUAAAUGGCUUAAACAAUCUGAUGAUGCGGAUGCUAAGCUUCUCAAAGAAGCAGCUGAUGGAACUGCUUCCUCAGGACUCCGAGGCCUGGCCAAAAAACUACACGGUGCAGCCGAAGCUCUGGCCAGUGGUGCUAGUGAUGGGAAUAAAGCCCAAGAUCUUGCCACAGCUGUCGGUGCUAGUGAAGGCACUGGUAGUGCUCCUACUAAUCUUCGAGACGCCCUCAGACAACUUGCUGGUGCUAGUGCUACUGAACUAACUAGUAAGGCCCAAGCUGUUAAAACUAAAUACGAAAAAGGCCUUGAUGGUGCCCAACCCAAAUUCGAAGCAGUUGAGAAACAAAACAAAUCUAGUCCAUAUUCCCACCAAACUAAGUAUCAAGCAGUUGUAGGUGCUUGGAAGGCAUUUGAUGCUUUAUAUAAUGAAGCUUUGAAUGGUGUCAAGAGUUAUCUAAUUAGAUGGCCAUCAGUUAUUUGUAUGUGGUCCAACUUUCUCACAUUUGUCAUACUGUUGGUUGUAUAUGUUACUGGUGGUGACACAGGUCAUGUAACUGCUUAUUAUGCAGUCAUUGCAGUCUCUGGCUUUAUAUUUGGCAUUAACAUGGCAUUGGUUUAUGCUCAAGACGAAUUUGAGUAUAUGGUAUAUUAUCUUGUAGGUGAAAAUUCAUUUCCAGCUGUCACUUCAGCAAUACUAUACUUUGCUACAUCUAUAUUUGGUAACAGGAGGAAAUACAACUCUGACUACCUUGUUGUUCUUAUUGAUAUCUCGAUUUCAAUCAUAAUUGCAUUUGUGGCGGCAGUUGUGUGGACAGUGGCAAACUGUCCAACUAUAGACUUCUUCAAGGGUAUUUGGAUAGUCCUUACUGAAUCUUGGGAAUCUAAAUCUGCUGAAACACAUUCUGAUGAAUGUAAGGUUGCCCAAUGUCAUGUAAUAGCUCCCGCACUCAUGGUUAUUGUCGGUAUGGGACUUGUUUACUGUGUAUAUCCUGGAAUUGCACCUGGUAUGAUAGUGCCAUUCUAUCUAGUUGACAAGAUUGAGAUGAUACUUCUGGUGGCUACAGCUGUCCCACCGGUCAUUGUUGCUCUUUUAAAAGAGUAUGAGUUUGGUCCAUACAAAGCCAAGUGGAAUUGGGGAGGAGAACACACAUGGACCCCUAGUGGUGGUGGAUGUAAGUUUUGGGGAUCCAGUUGGAACUUUACAUCCAAAAACGAUUUAGCCUGGUGGCAUCUGUGUGAUAUUCUUAUACCUCUCAAGAUCUGUCUUGCUGCCAUAUUCAUAUAUUCCCUUCAUUAUAGAGAUUCUUCACUAUCCCGUGCUAUUGUCAAUCAACCCAAAAUGUCUACAUUUCUAUCCAUUAUCUUUUAUAUGUGCCAUGAGAUACUGUUGGCUGUUGGGUUUCCUGGUAUGGCAACCAACAACGUGUAUGUUGUAAUGCCAAUCCAAAUGAUUGGUGCAUUCCUUAUGGUACUCCUGGCAUUCUAUAGUAUAGGUUAUAUAACUGAAUAUAAGCGGCACGACCCUUCCGACUGGCCAACAGACGGCAUGACCAAGUGGAAUGCCCUGUGUUACUGGCUAAAAAUGGCGAGCAAAAUUACCAAUAAAAAUUUCAAACAAUUGUUUACUAAAGAUUUACGUAGAGAUUUAGUUGUUCUAUCCAUUCAAUGGAUAAGAUUCCAUAAAAUAAAUAAAAAAUAUAUAUCAAAAUUUUUUUCAAUUAUUUAUAAUUAA